CUCGAACAGAUCUAUUCCCUUCCCUUCCCUUCCCUUCCCUUCCCUUCCCUGUAGAAUCAUCGAACUCCAUCUCCAACCCCUGCCUGCCCUUGUUCUCCUUCUUUCUCGAAUCAUAAUUUGUUGGAGAGAAGAAGAUGGUGAAAGUGGCGACGUUCUUUGCAAUGUCAUUGGGCGCCUUCGUAUUCUGGCAGUCAAUGGAUAAACUCCAUGUUUGGAUCGCUCUCCGUCAAGACGAAAAGAAAGAGAGAUUGGAAAGAGAAGCUGAGAUCAGAAGAGUUAGAGAAGAGCUACUGCAACAAGCGAAACAGAAGGACUCUCUUGCUUGACUUUCCCCUACCUUCUGUUGCUGCUAUCGGUAUCAAAUUGAUAAGUUGAGAUUUUUAUGAGUAUUGAUUCUCUGUUCUAGAACAAUGAUAAUGGGCUGGCUUAUAAAUUGUUGAUUACUCAUCUCAUUAACUUCCCUGGUUAUCAAAUUGUAAACAAUGCUCAUUUCAAUUUGGAGCUUUGCCUUUUGAAUAAUUGAAUUUUUCAUCGACUUGACUCA